AUGGAGACGACGCUGCCGCUUCCCUUCCUUGUUAGCGUCAAUGUUCCCCCGGGACUCGGCGGCGAAAAGGAGGGGCUCAACCGUGAAGAAGUGUCAUGUCUUGGCUCCGUCUUCUUCGAAGCUGCUCCCCAGACCCUCGACAAGCUCCUGCGCUUCCUCGGGCGCCACAACACCGAAUUCCACCCCUUCUUCGACGUGACACGCCUAGACUCCCGCGACGAUGUGGUCUCGCUCCUCGAUGCCGGCGCCCGCAGGGUAUUUGUCCAGCCCGAACGCCUCCCGGAGUUUGCAGAGUUUGGCUCGCGAGUCGCCCCCGUCGUGUCCGGCAGCGGCGCCGGCCAAUUAGCCAUGGCGAGCGAACACGGCUUGCUCGUUUCCGGCUUCGAUUCGACCUCGGCGGAUGCGGCACAGUUCAUCGAGGAGAGCAAUGCGAGGAAGAUUAAAUCCUUGUUCAUCAAGCCUGUCACCGGAACGGACUUCGAGCACUUCAUUGGCGUCGCGGCCCAAUGCAAUGCCAUUCCCAUCCUGCCCUCGACGGGCUUGACGAGCACGGCGCAGGCAGGAAAGCUGGCGGUGCCCAAGAUUCUGGCGGCUACGUGGAAGUCGGACCGUGCCGACGGCCUGAUUCCCACCGUGGUCUGCGACGAGCACGGUAUGGCUCUGGGCCUGGUGUACAGCAGUGAGGAAAGCGUGGGUGAGGCGCUCAGGACGCAGACCGGUGUGUACCAGAGCCGGAAGCGUGGCUUGUGGUACAAGGGGCAAACUUCGGGCGAUACCCAGGAGCUGGUGCGGAUAUCGCUGGAUUGCGACAACGACGCGCUCAAGUUCGUCGUCAGGCAAAAGGGCCGCUUCUGCCACCUGGAGCAGUCUGGGUGCUUCGGCGAUCUGAAUGGGAUCGCCAAACUGGAACAGACUCUCCUGUCAAGGAAGCAGUCGGCCCCCGAGGGCUCAUACACGGCCCGGCUGUUCUCAGACGAAAAGCUCCUCCGAGCCAAGAUCAUGGAGGAGGCAGAAGAGCUCUGCGACGCAAAAACGCCUGAAGAGGUGGCUUUUGAAGCUGCGGAUCUCAUCUACUUUGCCUUGACCAGGGCUGUUGGUGCUGGAGUGACUCUUGCCGAUAUUGAGAAGAGCCUCGAUGCAAAGAGCUUCAAGGUCAAGCGCAGGACGGGGGACGCCAAAGGUAAGUGGGCAGAAAAGGAAGGCAUCAAGCCUGCUGCGAGCGCGACUUUGAGUGCUCCAGUUGUCAAAGAGACAGCAAAGGAGACACCUCCGGAGAAGAUCACCAUGAAGGUCUACGAUUUAUCCAAGGUUACGAGGGAGGAGCUAGACGAAGCACUGAAGCGGCCGUCGCAGAAGUCAUCAGACGCUAUCAUGAAGAUCAUCACCCCGAUCAUCGAUGAUGUUCGGAAGAAUGGUGAUAAGGCCGUCCUUGCUUACACGCACAAGUUCGAGCGGGCCACGUCGCUGACGUCGCCUGUCCUCAAGGCGCCGUUCCCGGAAUCCCUCAUGCAGCUUCCAGCAGAAACAAUAAAAGCCAUUGACGUGUCCUUCGAAAACAUCUGCAAGUUUCACGCGGCACAGAAGGAAGAGAAGCCGUUGCAGGUGGAGACGAUGCCCGGUGUCAUCUGCAGUCGCUUUUCCAGGCCGAUUGAAGCAGUGGGUCUGUACGUCCCCGGGGGCACCGCCGUGCUCCCCAGUACAGCACUCAUGCUUGGCGUCCCCGCCAUGGUCGCCGGCUGCAAGAAGAUCGUCAUCGCAUCCCCACCCCGCUCCGACGGCAGCAUCACGCCCGAAAUCGUUUACGUAGCCCACAAGGUCGGGGCUGAGUCCAUCGUCCUGGCCGGCGGCGCGCAGGCGGUGGCUGCCAUGGCCUACGGAACCGAGAGCGUGAGCAAAGUAGACAAGAUUCUGGGACCCGGCAACCAGUUCGUCACGGCGGCCAAGAUGUACGUGAGCAACGACACGAACGCGGGCGUCAGCAUCGACAUGCCCGCCGGGCCCUCCGAGGUUCUCGUCGUGGCCGACAAGGGCGCAAACCCGGCGUUUGUCGCGUCCGACCUCCUCUCGCAGGCCGAGCACGGCGUCGACAGCCAGGUCGUUUUGAUCGCUGUGGAUCUCACCGACGCCGAGCUGGCGGCCAUCGAGGACGAGCUCCACCGCCAGGCCAUGCAGCUGCCCCGUGUCGACAUUGUGCGCGGUUCCAUCGCCCACUCCGUCACCGUCCGCGUCAAGACGGUUGAUGAAGCUAUGGAGAUUAGUAAUAAGUACGCGCCUGAGCACUUGAUUCUUCAAGUCAAGGACGCCGAAAAGGUGGUGGACAAGGUCAUGAACGCCGGGAGCGUGUUUAUUGGUGAAUGGACGCCUGAGAGUGUGGGAGACUACUCGGCUGGGGUGAAUCACUCGCUGCCGACAUACGGCUAUGCCAAGCAGUAUUCGGGGGUCAACCUGGCGUCCUUUGUCAAGCACAUUACCAGCUCGAAUCUGACGGCUGACGGUCUACGGAAUGUUGGUGAAGCGGUGAUGCAGCUUGCCAAGGUCGAAGAGCUCGAGGCUCACCGGAGGGCAGUGAGCAUCCGGCUUGAGCACAUGAGCCGGUGA